AUGUCUGCUCUUGAGACCCUUUUUAAAUACAUUGAUGAGCACCAGGAUCUCUAUAUUCAGCGCCUGGCUCAAUGGGUGGCCAUCCAGAGUGUGUCAGCGUGGCCGGAGAAGAGGCCUGAAAUCAGGCGCAUGAUGGAGGUGGCUGCAAAGGACAUUGAGAGACUGGGAGGCACAACCCACCUCAUGGAUAUUGGAAAACAAAAGCUGCCUGACGGAUCAGAGAUCCCUCUACCACCAAUUAUUCUGGGAACACUUGGCUCAGAUCCACACAAGAAGACUGUUUGUGUAUAUGGUCACCUGGAUGUUCAGCCAGCAGCACUGGAAGAUGGCUGGGAUAGUGAGCCCUUCACACUGGUAGAAAGAGAUGGAAAGCUGUAUGGGAGAGGAUCAACAGAUGACAAAGGUCCAGUGCUUGCCUGGCUGAAUGCCUUGGAAGCUUAUCAACAAACUAACCAGGAGUUUCCAGUAAAUGUGAAGUUCUGCUUAGAGGGUAUGGAAGAAUCUGGGUCUGAAGGCCUUGAUGAACUGAUUUUUGCUCAGCGAGAUACUUUCUUCAAAGAUGUGGAUUAUGUUUGCAUUUCUGACAACUACUGGCUAGGCAAGAAGAAGCCUUGUAUCACCUAUGGCUUGAGGGGUAUCUGCUACUACUUCAUAGAGGUUGAAUGUAGUGACAAAGACCUUCACUCUGGAGUUUAUGGUGGUUCAGUGCAUGAGGCCAUGACUGAUCUCAUUACACUGAUGGGUUCUCUUGUAGACAAGAAAGGGAAAAUUCUCAUCCCAGGCAUUAAUGAAGCAGUGGCACCUGUUACUGAUGAGGAGCUGAUGCUAUAUGAGAAGAUUGAUUUUGACCUGGCAGAAUAUGCAAAAGAUGUAGGAGCAGCAAAGCUCUUGCAUGAUACAAAGAGAGAUAUCCUUAUGCAUAGGUGGAGAUACCCUUCCUUGUCUCUUCAUGGAAUUGAAGGAGCCUUUUCAGCCUCUGGAGCCAAGACUGUGAUUCCUAGGAAAGUGAUUGGCAAAUUCUCAAUCAGACUUGUGCCAAACAUGAAUCCUGAAGACGUCACAAAGCAUGUUGAAGACUAUGUGAGCAAAAAGUUUGCGGAGUUGGAGAGCCCUAACAAAUUCAAAGUAUACUUAGGCCAUGGUGGAAAACCUUGGGUGUCAGACUUCAAUGAUCCCCAUUACCUGGCUGGGAGGAAGGCCAUGAAGACAGUUUUUGGAGUUGAACCAGACCUGACAAGGGAGGGAGGAAGCAUUCCUGUUACCCUUACCUUUCAAGAAGCAACAGGCAAGAAUGUCAUGCUGCUUCCUGUUGGAGCCGCAGAUGAUGGUGCUCACUCUCAAAAUGAGAAGCUAAAUAGGCACAACUACAUCCAGGGAGUGAAGAUGCUUGGUGCAUACCUCUAUGAAGUCUCCCAGCUGAAAGACUAAGUUAGACACCUUACUUCUGGCUCAUGGAUCAGAAGUCUGAGUUUUCUUACCAUGUCAUCAGUUAGCAAGUCUUACCUGGCUCCCCUUUUCCACUAACACUCCACAGCUUUGGUGGGGGAGGGGGAAGCAUGCAGUCCCACUUGAUAAAGAAUAUUUUAUACCAAACCUUUUCUUUAAAUGCUUCCUUCAAAUGACACAAACUGUUCUUUCUGGUCAGCAGUCUUGAACAGCAACUUUGUCCCUUCUGUUUCACUUCAAAGUUGUGGUUUGCUGUAUUAAUCUACUUCUGUAAAGGAGGAGGAAUGGUUUACUCUGAGCUGUUGAAGCAACCACAUCAGUUGCAGGACUGCCAGCCAAGUUUAAGGCUCUGAUUCAUGGAUAUGUCUUGGAAGUAGUCAAAGUGACUGAUUUUGGGGCUAUACUGGAAUGUGUUCAAGCUGUAGUGAGGCAUCUGUCUUGCUGACUGACUGACUCAGAAGAGCAGUUUGUCUCUUACAGUUGAUACCUGCCUGCAGGUUUCAGUCUACAGUGAAUGAGGCUAUAACAAAAUUCACUGUGGUAGUGACUGUUGGCCAUCCUUUUGUAAAGGUGCCUUUAUACUCCCUAAAAAGGACAA